AUGGCUGGAGCGAGAAAACUUCAAGGAGAAAUCGACAAAUGCGUAAAAGCUGUGAACGAGCUUAGUGAUCAGUUUGACUUUACAUGGGAGAAGGCCGAAAAUGCGACCAACUCGAACCAGAAGGACAAGUUUGAGGCUGAGCUGAAGAAGCUCAUCAAGAAGCUUCAGAAAUUCCGGGACCAGAUCAAGACAUGGCUGACGAGCUCCGACGCAAAGACGCAGGAGAAGAUGCUCAAGGAGUACAGGCGAAAAAUCGAAGUGCGAAUGGAGCGGUAUCGGGACUUGGAACGCGAUGCAAAAACAAAGGCCUACUCUAAAGAAGGGCUUGACCGGCAGGCGCGGCUUGACCCCGAGGAGCAGGAGAAGAAGGACAUGCAGGACUGGAUCAACAAGACGAUGGACGAGCUGCGGGUGCGCAUCGACCUCCUCGAGGCCUCGCUCGUCGCAAAGGGAAAGCGCAAGAAGGCCUCCCUCUCCGAUGAUGAGGUUGAGAACCGCAAGUUCUGGAUCCAGAGCCACAAAAUCCACAUCAGCCGUCUCGAGCUGCUGCUGAAGCUGCUCGACAACGACUCUGUGCCGGCGGCGCAGAUUGAGCCGCUGCAGGACGAGUUUGAGACGUACUUUGACGAGAACGAGAACAGCGACUUUUACGAGACGGACUGGUUCUACGAGGACCUCGAGGAAUUCCUCAGAGACAACGGGAUGCCUGGAGCGUUGGAACCGCCAGAAAUUCCACUCGAGCCUGAGCCACCAAAGGAAGAGGACAAGAAGAAGGACAAGAAGAAGAAGAAGAAGAAGGAGAAGAAGUCCACCAGCACCGCAGCAUCGGAAAAGUCGACGCCCAAGACGGCGCCAUCUGCGCCCGCAGGAGCAGUGACAACUAGCAACGGCAACGGCAGCAAUAAGGUUGCAGCCACGCCAACAAAGGCAAAGCCAGCAACAGCAACAGCAACAGCAACAGCCGCAGCAGGAGGGAAGGGCAAGGCUGUGCCGGGGACGCCAGCCAAGGGCAGCAAAGGCGGCCCAACAGCAGCAGCGAGCACCCCAACCAAGCCCGCGCCAGCAUCAACCUCCUCAUCCACCACAACAGCAGCAGCAGCAGCAGCAGCAGCGGGCGGCAAGACGGCAACAACAGCAGCGACCACAAAGUCAUCAUCAUCGUCGUCGUCGUCGGCGGCACCUGGAGCGCGCGGUGGUGUUGUACUGCCGCCGUCACCGAGCAAAGGGCCGGCCCUCCCGCGCCAGUCGUCAGCUCCGGCCGCAUCCCCAGCAAAGGCUGCACCCGCCAUCAACUUUGCUGCAGCCGCAAGGCGUCGCCUGAUGUUGGGCCGGCUGCGCCCCAAUCACCUCGCCAGGCAGCAGCACCCCGCCCACCGGCAACUGCGGGACGUUGAGGACUUCCUGACGAUUACGGGCGGGUCGUAUCGACCGGAGAUGCCGCGGCAAGGGCCCAUCCAUUACCCGACGCUCCCGCUCAACCUCUUUGAAACAACGGAGAUCUACUCAAAGCUGCUGGACACAACGCUCUUCUUCAUCUUCUACCACAGACCCGAACAAUCGGAAGCGUUUGAGAUUGGAAACUACAGAUACUUUGACUUUGCACACUGGGUUGAGAAGGAGCUGUCGAGUUUCCGCUUUGAGUACGAGCAUUUGGAACGAUCCGUGCCCCCAACGCCAGCGCAGCCGCAAUCACAACAACAGCAACAGCAACAGCAACAACAACAGCGUUCGCGAAGUCGCAAUGACGCGUCUCAGCCGCAAUCCAAGAUUCGCACAUGACAUCGCACCGUGCCCCUCGCUGUUGCGCGCGUUGCUUCGUGUGUACGUGUGUGCAUGCGUGUGUGUGUACAUGACUGUGGAUGUGUGUAAACGUAUGUGUGUUUUGUAUCGCUUCCAUCGUUCGUACCUUCUUCUUACCUUGUAUCUGUUGUUGUCGUUGUGGUCGUCAGCACCACCCCUGGGUUUCGCGCGUGGUACCCGCCUCUUGUGUGUGCACGCAUCUGUUUGCGAGGGUGGCUGUCGUGGUGACCGCAUCUUAGCUGUGCAGUCUGUGACGAGGACAGACAACAUGGGGGCUUUGCUCCGGCUGCUUUGGUUGAUGUUUAAUUGCUGUAGCAUCACCGCCACUGGGCCUCAUAUGCCUCUCUUCCUCUCCCCUUCAAUGGCACCAUCCCCCUCCCCUCCUCCCUCUCUCUGAUUCACAAUAAACAACAGCACCAACGAGCA